AUGGGAUUCGGUAGGGACAUAGUUAAUGGGAACUAUAAGGUAGUGAGGAUGUGCUUCCAGCGUAACUAUAGUUACUGCGAGAUUCUUGAAAUAAACAUUGGGGUAUGGAGGAAACUGAAGCGUAAGCCUCUUUUCUAUGUGGGAGAGAGACUGAAGUCGGCGUUUGUGAAUGGAUCCAUCUACUGGUUAGUAGUAGAUAGUUAUUACCAGACUCAGAAGAUACUUGCUUUGGAUCUACACACAGAAGAGUUUCGUAGCGUAAAGACACCACCUAGAUUCUGCAAGUCAGGGCAGAUAGCUAACCUUGAAGACCGUCUAGUCAUAGCCGUAGCGCAUACUGGGAAUCCUGACUUUAAGUUUGGCAUAUGGAGCAUGGAUGCACAAGAAGAAACAUGGAGCAUAACUUACUCUUUUCCUCUAUCCUCUUCCACCCGUAGCAGUUACGUAUCUAGAUGUAGUGACUGGUGGCAUUGGUGCAUGCCACUGGCGGUUUCCAAGCGAGGGAAUAUCUACUUUUACGAUAAUGAGAAGAAGUUGCAUAAAUACUGUUCGGAUACAGGCUUAGUCCGUGGCGUAACUUUUGGCUGCAUUGUAGCUCCUUUUGUCGAAAAUUUACUCCGAUUCGAGGUUCAGCUUCUUCUGGACAGGAGAUUAGGACAUUUGGAUUUCGGAAUCUAG